GAUCCUGUAUGCACAGGGCUCUGAAUCAAUGCCACAUCCUCACAGCCCGUCUGGAAGAGAGAGCAUGAAAUUGCUUCACUGCUUAGUGCUGUUCUCUCUGCAUAGCACUGCAGGAGCGUCUGAGGAUGGGCACUGGUGCUACCUUUCCCAGAAGUGUCACGACCAACAAUGUAAAGAACCUCGCCAGUGGGGCCAGCUAUAUCCAGAGUGCACAAGCAGCGAACAGUCGCCGAUCAACAUCGUCACCAGCAAAGUGAAGUAUGACUGGAACCUGACGCCGUUUCGUUUCAAGAACCACAAUACCAACCCAGAGUGCAAGUGGAAGGUGGAAAACAACGGCCAUACAGUCAUAGUGCAUCUGGACGGAUCGUCAACCAUAGAGUUGGGUGGUCUCGAAGGUAAAUACAAAGCUGUGCAAUUUCACUUCCACUGGGGAAAUGACGAGAAAGGAAGCCCCAGCACCCGGAUCAGCCCUGGAUCAGAGCACAGCAUCGACGGGGAGAGAUACGCCAUGGAGCUUCAUAUUGUCCACAUCAAGGAAGAAUUUGCCAGUGUUGCAGACGCCAUCAAGGGAAAAGGCGUCGCAGUGCUAGGAUUCUUCAUAGAGGUUGGCAAAACCAACGAGUAUUAUGAGCCAUUCAUUUCAAAGCUAAAAGAAAUUCCUUAUCCAGGAAAUAAAACUGAGAUGUCAGCUGUGUGCCUGGAUUCGCUUAUACCUAAAGCAGAGGACCUCACUCAGUUCUAUCGAUACACCGGCUCUCUGACCACACCCGAAUGUAGUGAGAAUGUUAUCUGGACCCUAUUUGAGAAACCGAUUCAACUUGGGCUGGAACAGAUCCAGGAAUUCUGGAUGAAGUUGUAUUUUGGAGACAACAAAGAUUGGUGGAUGGUGGAUAAUUUUCGACCCGUUCAGCCUGUGGGCGACCGAGAGAUCUUAAAGUCAGACUCCGAUACCCUUAUGCCUCCGGCAAAAGCAUCGUUGCUAAUCCCGACGGCUGCAUACCUCGCACUCAGUCUUAUCCAGUGAUUAUUUUAAACAUGGCUCCUCGUUGCAACGCUCCCAGCCGUGAAAAGACUUGACUCGUGCGCAGCUGAGACUCACACCCACUGGCGAGGCCGAAGGAGGACGCAAAGGAGCAACAACCUCAUGGCCAACAUAUAUAUUCACUGUGUCCCAUGUCAAAGACUCCUAAUUUUACCAUGCAGGAGGUGUAUCCAUGCAGAAACAAAACCGGAGACAUAUUCUUGCAUGAACUUGCUAGCUAGCUAUCAAUGAAUGCAGAGAG